AUGGUCGCCGCUCAGGUCGGCGAAGCCAAUUCGUCCAAGAUGCAAAAUAUGACCAAGGCGAAGAUACCUGGCGACGUGGGUCUCUUCCCAAAGACCUUCGUUGCUGCACCGCUCGUCGACUAUCUCCGUAUUGCUUUUUCCAAGCCGACGCUGUUUUUGCGCAUUCUAUGGAUGCUCUUCAAGAAGCCAUUCAUGAAUAAUUUCGGUCUUGUAUACAAUCUCGCCUGGACUCGCCGAAAAGGGUUCCGCGUCUUCUCAACCGCCUCCUUACGGAAACGGCCGAUACCACUGCACCUCACCUCCCGCAUCACAGAUGCUCUAACACUACACCGAGAACUCAACACCGCCAUCGCUGCAGGGGACAAGCACUGGCUACGCGCCCACUGCUGCACCGGCCUGGCCACAAAGGCCUGCAACCGCAUCGAGCGUCGUGGCGCGACGAAGUCGGGAGCAUCAAACCAGGAACACUGGGAGUUGCUGAGCUACGGUGGCCUGCCAGUGCUGGGCAGCAAAGUGCCACCAUGGCCACUGUGCUCGUGGAUGCCGGGGAAGGCGUACAAAGUCGUCAACGACGUCGUUGGCGCCCUGCCCGUCUCAAACGAUGUACUGAUAAGGCAGGUCAUUGUGCGCAUCACGUCAAAACAGAAGUACAACCUCAACAAUGGCAAGGGGGACCAGCAGAAGACCUUGACUGAGUAUGUCGUGUUGCAGAAGAUUUUAUUCCAAGGAGAAGAUGAAGGUUGGAAGGUGUGGGGCACGGUGAAGCCCAACACAGUGGAAGAAAUUCAGGCCAUGGUGGAAGAGGAUAAGAAAGAGGGUUCUCUCAUGGAUCGCGUCAGAGCCUUGAUGCCUUCACAGGGUGGUGGGAUGGGGCCAAUGGUGUAG